AUGCGGACAUGGAGCCUGGCUUGGGGAGACCCUCCUGGGCCCUGCGCCUGGGGGCCCGGCCUGCGUGGGCUCCCCUCCUCCGGGCCAGGGGGGUCACUGCCAGCCCCAGGCUCUCUCACACCUGGUCCUUCUCUGUCUGUCCUGCAGGUUUUGGGGUUUGAGAUCGACGCUGUGAACUCUGUCCAGUUUUCAAACCACACAGGCUACGCACACUGGAAGGGUCAGGUGCUGAACGCAGAUGAGCUCCACGAGGUGUACGAAGGUCUGAAGCUGAACAACGUCAAUAAAUAUGACUACGUGCUCACUGGGUACACGAGGGACAAGUCCUUCCUGGCCAUGGUGGUGGACAUCGUGCGGGAGCUGAAGCAGCAGAACUCCCGGCUGGUGUAUGUGUGCGACCCGGUGAUGGGUGACAAGUGGGAAGGCGAAGGCUCCAUGUACGUUCCAGAGGAUCUCCUUCCUGUUUACAAAGAAAAGGUGGUGCCGGUUGCAGACAUUAUAACUCCCAACCAGUUCGAGGCUGAGUUACUGACUGGCAGGAAGAUCCACAGCCAGGAAGAAGCCUUAGCGGUGAUGGACGUGCUGCACUCGAUGGGCCCCGACACCGUGGUCAUCACCAGCUCCGACCUCUCUUCCCCGCGGGGCAGUGACUACCUGAUUGUGCUGGGAAGCCAGAGGAUCCGGCACCCUGAUGGCUCCGUGGCGAUACAGCGCAUCCGCAUGGACAUUCACAAGGUGGACGCCGUCUUUGUGGGCACCGGGGACCUGUUUGCCGCCAUGCUUCUGGCGUGGACACACAAGCACCCCAAUAACCUCAAGGUGGCCUGUGAGAAGACCGUGUCAGCCAUGCACCACGUGCUGCAGCGGACCAUCAAGUGUGCGAAAGCCCAGGCCGGGGAAGGACAGAAGCCCAGCCCGGCCCUGCUGGAGCUGAGGAUGGUCCAGAGCAAAAGGGACAUCGAGAACCCGGAGAUUGUCGUCCAGGCCACGGUGCUGUGAGGGCUGCUGCGCCCACCUGCUCCCGCAGCGCCGUGUCUCCGUCGUCAUCCCUGUGAAAAACGUAACGUCUGCCUUAGAGCUGUGACCGAAACUUGAUAUUUUUUUCCUUUUGUGAGUGUCCAGCAUCCACUGGUCUUAAUUGUGAAAAUGUGCCAGUCGUGCUUUUUAAAAAUAACACCGUGAUCACAGAAAUGUGUGAUUCGGAGACCCAGCCCUCCUUCCGCACGAAGGCUCCUGGGCCUCCCUGAAAACCAGCUCUGUGGUCACCCCCUUGGGGGCGUCCUCCCCAGCUGGGGAGCGGGGGACGUGGUGGGAGGGGCUGCUGCCCCAGAGGGUCAGGUGGGCUCCCACCACUGAGGUGUCCCCUGUGGCAGGGCUGUGUCUAUGUCUCUGAGGACGAGUUACGCCAAGUACCUUUCUUGUCGUUCUGACCGCUCCCUCUUGGCUCCUGCUUCAGGAGUUUGUUUGUGACGUUGCUGCUCGGUAGGUCCCUGGGCACUUCCAACGUCCUGCUCUGUUUGACCAUAUGGACAGGUCAGUGCCAGUGGCCCAGACACACACAGGUGUGCACAGUCACUUUGGCGGGGACCUUCCAGGACCCCGAAAAUGCAAGUCCACAGAUCUUACCAGUAUUAGCGGGCCCGCCCUGUAACCCACGAGUGUCUUUAGGGACCAGCUGCACGAGGUGCAGAGAUGCCAGGAAAGGGAAGGCUGGUGCAGGGCUGAGGGGUCGGGGCGAUGCCACGUUGGCUCCUUUUGGAAAACUCACCGAGUUGGUGACACAACAGCGUAAGCACCGCGUGUGUGCCACCGGCUGCUGGUGACGAGGGCCCCGCGCCAGGGAGUUAGCGUGCAGACAGGUGUGGGGGGCAGAGCUGGGCUCCUGCUCCACAGCUGACACGUUUGAGCCCUAGGCCCUGACACCAGUCCAGUUGUCCACUGCCAGCGAGACCUCCUUGGCUCCACUUGUCAGAGUUUUGGGGUACCCUAGGCUUGGCUACAGGCAGGGGUGCCCAUCUUGAAGACUCAGCCUGCCUGGAUCUCUGCCCCCUGCCCUCUAGUCUGGGAGCCCACAGCCUGGAGGGGAGACAGGACAUGGGGCCCACGUGACUCCUGGGAAAGCAACUCUCCGAGGCCAGCCCUUGUGCCCUUGGUUCCCUGCCCACAGGUAGGGCCCACACAGCUCCUCAGUAGUACAUUCUUCUGUUUGUAGAAAAUGCCCGAAAAGGAAAAGGGGCCCUUUUCCAUUGAACUCCCGGCACCAUGGCACGGUCUUUCUUCCCCACUGUGACCUCUGAAUGUCUGACUCUCACGCUGUCGUGCUGGCGGUGGCCUGUGCACAGGGUCAGGGUGCUGUGUCCCUGGUUCCUGGUUCCAAGCACCAGGCUCCUCUGAGCCCCCGGGAGGAGCCCGGCCUCCUGGUCCCUGCAGGGCCCGAAGGACCAGGAGGAGGAAGGAGUGGCCCGCAGCCUGGUGGGGGGCAGCCUCCCCAACAGCGUGCUCACAGGGACCAGCCCAAGUCACCCGGGGCCCUGGGUGCGUGUAGCACAUUUAAUGGAAAAUACUGCCACUGCCAAGUAGAGCUGGGGAGAGGGCCAACGAGAAGUUUUUUUAUUUCAAUAUUGAGAGCCAGUAUAGGGCUGGGCAAGGAACCAGGUGUGUCUGUCCUCCAGGAGAUGGUGAAACCCACCUGGAAGGAACGGUGUGGGGUGCCGGGCUUAUUCCUUGAGUACCGGGAACUUGAAGGGAAGCUCAUGCUCCGAAAACGCUGUUCGGUCCUUGGCUCCCGGUUUUAUUUCAGAGGCCUGGCCCCACGCUAGGUCUCGCUCUCUUACUCCCCUGCGUUCUACAGAGAAUGAUGGGGUUUAUUCCUCCUUGAAGCUUCUGUGGAACCAUGGACUCAGGUGCCACCUGAGGCUUUCUCUUCCCUGUGCUUCGGCUGGAAGGCCCUGACCCCGAGCAGGCAGGGAGCCCCGACCAGGAGGAGACGGAGAUGGGCUGAGCUGUCUCUACUGAGAGAAGGAACUGGGGGACCCCGAGAGCCUCUGCAGAGUGUGGGCUCCUGUGGAAACGUGAGCUUUCGUGGGAGGCCGAGCCCCACAUUCCCAGGCCCGUGUUGCCGCGCCUGUGCUGUCUGGGCUCGUCUCCACACGCACACGCUCCAUGGCGCGCUGACAGCAGAGGCCCCGGGCUGCCCAUGUGUAGAAUUUCCCAACCUUGGUUCCUGGCAGUAGUUUUUGAUACAAGUUGGGUCCAAAUUAGAACUGAUCUUUGUUCUUACCUUACAUAGCUUAGCAACAUGCACCAGGAUGGUAAUUUAUGUUAACGUGGAAGAUGGUUGUCAGAGUGCAGGUUUCAAGACUUUCCGGUGUUUCAAACCUUCUCCUGUAGACCUUAAAGAUGAAUUCCAAACGAUGAUUCCCUUUUCGAAUCAGUCUUCAAUCAUUGCCAAGUCCUGCUGAGGUGAUUGUGUUAGUCUGCGUUACUUUUGCAAUAUAUGUCCGUGAUUGUAAAACGAUGCUUUGUCUGUCAUCCUAUUCUUACACUUGUUAGAAUCAAUUUUUAAAAUGUUUAAUUUUCCAAUGGCCUGAGCCUGGCCUGGCGCACCUGCUCUGCGUAAGAGGAGGGUGUUGUAGUGUUGAGCCCAGGCCAGAGGGUGGGGCAGGCGGGGAUUACGGGAUGUCCAGGGACCACUCCUGCCCUGCUUGAACCUCAUGUUCACUCCUCCGGUGACAUGUACACAAAAGGAGGGAAGCCUGUUCUGACCCCUGGACCGCCACUGUGCGCACGCCCUCUCCUUGUCCUUCUGCCCUUGGAUGGGAUCACCUACCUGCCUGGGGCGUCAGGUCCACACCUGUGUGAGUCAGGGACACCAUGUGACUGUACUCUACUCGGGAGAAUAGCCAGGAAGCCCUGUCUUCCUUCUCUGCCGCCCAACUAUCCUUCAGACAAUGGUUGCAUUGGCCCCGCGGUGACCAGCCCUGCCCACUGUGAGAGUGGGAACGUGUUUGUAAAUGUAAAACGCAGCUCACCAUUGUAGAGGCCUGUCUGUGUGCUGCUCCUGUUGACUUACGAUUCUCCACAAAUAAAUAUUUUCAUGGCAA